AACAAAAAUGGAUCCACCGAAAGAUGUGCAGCCGCCCAAACAGCAGCCUAUGAUCUACAUAUGUGGAGACCGGAGCCCUUUACUCUGAAGUCUAAUCUCCCAUCAGAGCUGUCCUACUGCAGCACUGCAUUGCUGUGGCACUUCCCCCAUCAGUGACAUCACAUCUGACAUCUCAUCCAGGAGGCGUUUCCAACAGAAAUCCCCAGCUACGUGUAGAUGUAGCUGCGGCUCUGUGAGAGGGAGAGCCAAGAAAGGAGGAAGAGUUUGAACACACUGCAGAGGGAGUGCGGCUAUGGGGAACGCACAGGAAAAGCCCCCGGGCAGCGGAGGAGGGGGAGGUAGAUCGCCUCAGGCCACAGCAGGGAGCGGGACGAGGAGCCGUAGUGGAGGCAACGCAGAAAAGCCCCAGACUCGAAGAGCUCCAGGGAAGGGGGCGGCUAAUGGCACUCAGAGAGAAAACAGCCCCGCUGGUGGACAACAGGAACAGGGCAGCCCUGCAGUGGACACAAGUUAUCUGGACGCCCCUGCUGGGGCCCUUCCUCCUCACCUGGCCAUGCUCAAGAAUGCAGGAAAUCACCUCUUCAAACAUGGCCAGUUCGGGGAAGCCUUGGAGAAGUACACACAGGCCAUUGAUGGAUGUGCUGAAGCAGGCAUUGAUAGUCCAGAAGAUCUGUGUAUCCUCUACUCCAACAGAGCAGCCUGUUUUCUGAAGGAUGGAAACAGCACAGACUGCAUACAGGACUGUACCAAGGCUUUGGAGCUGCAGCCCUACUCCUUGAAGCCCCUGUUGCGCAGAGCUAUGGCCUAUGAGUCACUGGAGCGCUACAGAAAGGCCUACGUGGAUUAUAAGACCGUCCUGCAGAUAGACACUGGGGUGCAGGCGGCUCACGACAGUGUCCACAGGAUCACCAAGAUGCUCAUUGAGCAGGACGGACCUGAAUGGAGAGUGAAUCUUCCAGAGAUUCCCGCUGUCCCUCUGUCCGUCCAGCAGCAACACAGAGACAAACCGAUCAGCGCUGAAGUAGCCCAAGCCCGAGCAGCCAGGGCUGCGCAGGAGGAAGCCAACAGAAAAGAUGCCCGCUUUACUUUACUGAAACGGGAAGGCAACGAUCUGGUCAAGAAAGGCCACUUCCAGGAGGCUCUGGAAAAGUACAGUGAAUGUGUCGCAUUAAAACCUGAUGAAUGUGCUCUCUAUACGAACAGGGCCAUUUGCCUCCUGAAACUGAAUCACUUUGAAGAGGCCAGACAGGACUGUGACUCUGCAUUGCAGCUGGAGCCGGGGAACAAGAAAGCCUUCUACAGACGAGCCCUGGCUUAUAAGGGUUUACAGGACUACCUGUCGGCCAGCAGUGACCUCCAGGAAGUCCUCCAGUUGGACCCAAAUGUUCGAGAGGCUGAGGAGGAGCUUGAGGUGGUGACCAACUUGCUGAGACAGAGCCUGAUGGAUAGCACUGCACACACACCAAGGGUUUGAUGUGGAGGAAUAUGGAGGCAGAGGAAUGAAACAUUUGUGGACAUGUACUGUACCGUAGCAGUUAUGGAGGAAAAGGACACUUAAAGCUAUCAAGUGUAGUGAGUAAGACCUGCAAAAUGAAAAUGACUGGUGUUGACUCCUGGGGAGGACUCCUUGGAUGACCAGCUUUUCAGCUCUACGCCAUCUGUAAUGUGUGCAAACCACACCAUAACUCCAGAGUACUCAACCUUACAUAAUGGGCAGCUUUAUUUAAAAACAAAACAAAAAAAAAGGCUAAUGUCAAAGUACUCAAGACCUGCUUGCACUAUAAAUCAUUCACAUUAUGAUAUAAUGUGCAGUACAUACAGAUUCAUGUAACAGGCUGCAGAGCGCUGUUUCAUGGUGGAGUAAUGCGGAGAAAGUAACAGUGUGUUAUGUGUGCCUUAUUGAGAUUUCUAUCACAGUGAGGAUUAAAUAUGCCAAGACUUAAAGAUGUUGUGUUUGGUUUCAAAUGGUUCACUGAGCUCAUGACAAAAGCACUGACAAGAAACUGAUUCAGCUCAACUGUAUUGUAAAUAGAGACAAGGAACUCCCAGAAAGAUAAAAAAAGGUGUAAAAGUCAAGAUCUGGUACAAUGUUCACGUAUCCAGGGAUUCAGCUAUUCCAGCGAUUUCAAGACAUUUGUCAUUGUUUACAUGAAUUAUCAGCUGCUACAUAUUAGAAAAGAUAGGCCAACAAAUGGCUAUAAAACAUUUCCACAGCUAAAGACCCUCUAAAGUUAGGUGUUACAACUAUAUCUAAGAUGCUAAAAUAAUGAUUUAACAGUUAAAAUACCCCCUUUGCUCAGUGCGUAAGGCAUUGUUAAUUUCAGUUCAUUGGUUUAGUAAAUAUCCAGCAAUUGAAGUUAGCAUUACUUAAUCAUGUACUGUAAGACUUAUUGCAGGUCUCAGGUUUGAUCUUGAAUGUAUGACUGCGUGUUUUCUGUGUGAAUAGGUGUAAUGUACUUACACUCUGGAAAGUCUCUUAUCAGAAUACUACAUAGUUUAUUCCUGGUCCUUAACUCUGAAUCCUUAGAUCGGUUUAUAAAAUACCUUACAGCUUCUAUUCAUCAAACAUACUCGUUAUUAUACGUAACGUCAAAACGCAAGAGAAGUAAUCUGCAGGGGGAGGAAUUACGGUUGAUAUGACCCCAAGCAGUCUGCUAAACAGCGUGUUGUCAGGUAUCUUAUUAACUGGUUGUAGUCUCUUGAACAAAA